GCUUUCUACUAUCUGUUGCCGUCUCUGUGGUGUCAGUGUAGUAGUAGCUGUAGGACCUGCCUUGAAGUUCAGGGACUUUUAACGCCGACCGAAGAGAGACUCGUGCACAGACCGGGACAGACAGUCAGCCCGCCUGCUCUGCGCAUCCGUCCGUCUGGCUGCACUUCACCUGAGAGCCACUUCACUGUCUUUAAACACACCAUGGAUUCCUGGACAGCCACCUUUGCUCUUCUUCUUGCUGGGGUUAUUUCUUCUGCGGCUUUUAGUGUUUUCGACACCGAGUGUUAUACUGCCAACGGAGAGGACUACAGGGGCUUCCAGAAUCAGACCAGCCUGCAUGGUGGUAAACCAUGCCUGUUCUGGAAUGAGACUUUCCAGCACCCUUACAACACUCUCAAAUAUCCCAAUGGAGAGGGGGGUCUGGGCAGCCACAACUACUGCAGGAAUCCUGAUGGGGACGUUCAGCCGUGGUGCUACAUUGCAGAUCACGAGGACGGGAUCUACUGGAGAUACUGCGACAUCCCUACAUGCAAGAUGCCUGGGAACUUGGGCUGCUUCAGAGACAGCGGUGACCCGCCCACUCUGUCCGGUACCAGCGAGACCUCCAACAAACUCACCAUUCAGAACUGCAUUAGCUUCUGUAGGAAGCAGAGAUACAAGCUCGCCGGCAUGGAGUCAGGAUAUGCUUGUUUCUGUGGCAACGAAGUGGAACAGCGUGACCACGGCGAGUCGUCUAGCAUGGAGUGUAACCAUGUUUGCUUCGGCGAACACACACAGCCCUGCGGUGGAGACGGCUGGGUCAUCAUCUUUGACACACGUGUGGGGGCCUGUGGUGGAAACUACUCCGCUCCAUCCGGAGUGAUCUACUCCCCUGAUUUCCCCGACAAGUACGGGGCUGGCCGAGUUUGUUACUGGACCAUCCAUGUCCCUGGAUCCUACGCCAUCCUCUUCAAUUUCACUUUCUUUGAAAUCUCCGACCAGACGGACAUGGUGGAGCUCCUUGACGGCAACAACAACCAGGUGUUGGCGCGCUUCGACUGGCGCAGCCCUCCGAGGGAGCUAGUCAAUGUCACAGGCGACUUUGUCAUUCUGUACUUUUACUCUGACCGCACCAACCAGGCCCAGGGAUUUGCUCUGCUUUACCAAGCACUGAGAAGCCAAGACACUAGAACAAUGGAGGCUGAAGGAGAUGAGGAUGAAGCAGAGGACGUCUCGAGCACGGCAGGGCCGCAGCUAGCUGGCGGCGUCACAGAGAGAUCCAACAGCACCUCUAACGGACGUUCCUCCCAGAUCCUCUACGUGAUCACGUCCAGCCCCGGUAAACCGGAGCACAACAUGCCAGGUCAGUGGGCUGGACGCGGCGAGACCAUCGGCCACAGCGCUAUGUGGACCAUUUACGCUCUGGCUGCUCUCCUCAUUCUGACAGUCAUAGCCAUGGUGGCGAAGCUGCUGCUCCAUAUGACGGUCAAGUCUCAGAACAUCCCAACAGUGAGCAGUUCAGACAGCUGCAGUCAGAGCAACGCGUCCUCUGAGCCCUGGAUUAUCCUGUACCGACCCUCCACCAUCUCCCUCUUCAAGAAGAAGCUAAAGAACCACCACGGCGACCUCAGCCCCCUGGUAGGCAACUAGCGCUACGCUGCGCACCGCCACUAACCAAACGCCACCGCCAAACACAACUACUAUGUACGAUGGCCGUCAGGAGCCAAGCCCUCAGACAAUGAAACUAUACGAGGCGCUACGCCAACACGAACAACUGAGUGGCGAAUAACAAGUGACUGCUAAGAAAUAGCCUUUGGGCCCAAGUGGCCAGGCCCUCCCAUCCUGCUCAGCACCAAAGAGGAGCGGGACAGGCAGGGCUGUCACUGACCUGAGUGUGGGAGCCAAAGAGGAUGCAGUGACAAAGUUACAAGGAAGAAAGCGAGGCUCCAUUUCCAUCGCCAAUGGAUGUCCAUUACAGUCAGCAUACCUCCUGAAAGCCUUCCAGACUGCAGGCUCACUAGAGAAAACACAAGCAGAUUAGAUGGGUGCAGAUUACCGGCUAACUGCUCUGUCAGUGCGCAGUUUGGGAAACAGGGAGGUAAACCUCUUCCCAGUUCUUCAGAGUCACAACCUUCAUCACAUGGACGACUCACAGCCAGAAACCAGAAUCCUCCCAUCCCAGAGUUAUAUAUUUAUUUGUCUUUUUGAGUCCAUAUGCAAAGUGCUAAUGUUUCCUUUUUGUUGUGCUUUACGUGACAACUAGCUUUCUGAGAAGAGGGAAACUGGAUACAGAAACACCAUGCGGAAGGUAGAUAUCACAGCACUUUGGGGAUGAAUCACUCGCCAUAAAAAUGAAAAGAUCACAGAGCACUCGCCCACUCAGCGCUCAUGAGGAUUUGCGUGUAGAGAUAACUAGCGUUGUUCCCCUUGAGUGGGGGUUGGGUGGUGCAGUUUGCAGACAAACUGCCAUUUAGGGAGGCUUGGGAAGAUCUGAGGGCUUUUUUUGCUCGGUUGUGGGUGGGAGUCUUUCCGGUUUGAUGAUGUUCAAGUGCCUUAAGGAUCUCCUCUUCCCUUGUCUGAGAUGCAUUACAUCUGUUUCGUUCAUGGGGUCCCUCACUCGAAUCUCUAUAAUCGGCGUGGAUGUGAAGAGUUUCAUUUCAAAAUAGGAUUUCCACCACUUAAAUGUAAAGUUUAAAGAAAAAAUGCUACAUCUUGUACAGUGAUUGAAAGCAUUAAGUCUUUCUAAAAAUAUUCCACUCAACUGAAAACCUCUCCAGAUAUUUUACAUUUUUACUACAUGAUGGACAUGAGGAUAUUUUUCAAAAUCAACACAAAGCCUUUUAGGAUAGAACUCUUCAUUUAGAAAGGACAAGGCUUUAAAAAAAAAUGUGUUUCUAAUUUCUGUGUGUGCUCUUAUGUGUGGUCUUGGACAUUUACUGAACAUAUUGUUCUUAUUAAGUUGUCUUUUGAUUACAGGGGGGGGGGGUGAAUAUUGUUGUAUAUUAUGUAAAUCAGUGAUGAUAUUUAUGUCCACUUUCAUUUUGUGUCUCGUCAAGGCAUUUGAAAAAGUACUUUCUUGUCAACUUCUCCUAAAGAUAUAGGAUCAUGUUUUUAUCCCCUUUCAAAGCGGUACAUUUCUUAAAUUCUAUAAGACUAAGAUUAAGAUCAACUUUUAUUAAAAAGGAAAAAAAAAUCACUUUAAAAUUAUUUUUUUUAAGAAUACACACAUGCACAAACGGGACCCAUAGACUAUAGAGUAGGUGGCCGGUGCAGGUUGGCAGUUGGCGGUUUGGUGCCAUGCUCAACACCUCAGCAGCGCCCAGAAGGCGAACUGGCACCUCUCCAGCUGCCAUUCUACACUCCGUAAUUUUGGUACAAUCGGGACUUGAACCUGCAACCCUUCAGUUCCAAAGCCAAGUCACUACUGUCACCCAGGAUUCUGCAUUGACCCAUCCUAGUAUUAGGGGUAGUGGGCAGCCAUUAUGGUGUAGUGUAGGGGACGGUGUUUUGUUCAGGGACACCUUGGUAGUACUUAUGCGAUCUGGGACUUGAAUCGGUUACCUUCCGGUUCCCAUGCCAUGCUUGAUAUCAAUCCAAAAAAUGUUAACGCAAACAAUAUACCCCGACAGAAAUAUAACCAAAAGCCCACUGUGCACCAGCUGUCAGCAGGUUCGUAGCUGUCAGGGUUUUCUGUUUGACAGUUAAACUCCUUGUGAAAGGUCAAAUGUGCAAGCUUGCCAUCGGCAUAGAUAUGAUAGUCACCCCAAUCAUUCUCUGACAGGAUAGAUAAAAAUGAUGUUUGAAACCUCAGCGCACUUACAUUUGCUUCGACUUGAGAUGAAAUAGUACUUAAAAAGUUUUGCAUUCAGUUCCAGUGAAAAAAUACUUGAGCACUUGAGACAAAACGAGACACGAUGCAGCAUCACAGGGACAUUCAAGUCCAAAUAUUUACAGUUUUCCAAGAAUCUGACAACAUCUGAAGCCUUUAGAAAAAGAACCCUUUUCUUUUGUCAAUCAGAAGUUUUUAAAAAUGUGACUCGGUGCUAUAUUCUGCCUGUCUGCUCAACUGUAACUCAUGUUAAUUAUUGCAAGACAAGAACACAUGCCCCUGGGUCUGUGAUGUUCAGAGCAGACCAUGCGUACAGAGAGGGAGAAAAAAAGAGCUGUAGAUGUGAGAGCGAUGGGAAAUUAAUGUGCGUUCUCAUCAAACACAAGCUAACGGAAUCUGACAGUUAAAAUCUAACAAGGGCAUAUCUGUUUGGAUAGCCUGGUGAAUUAUGCAAACUCCCAUCCUCCAGUCAAUCGGAAAAUUCCACGCUUUCUUCUGAGCGGUGGAAAUUGUCUUUUCCCAAAUUGUCCUUGACGUGAAUGUCCUGUAGUGCUCGAUGACAUGAAUACAUCACCGGAAGCCCUGUGGGAAAUAAUCUAGAGGGGCCAAAACAUUGUUUUCAUGAAAUUGUAAAUAGCAAAAAAAACGUGAAAAGUUUAAUUUAUACAGUAAAUUAUUGUUAUUUUGUAUGUGAAUGGGAUAUCAUCUAUCUUUUUUAUAAGUGAAGUAUCUUUGUAGUUUUAUUUAAUGUGUCCUGGUUGCAAAAUAAACACUGUAUGCAUGUUUUUUAA